UUCGUUCAGAGUUUCUAAUCUGACUCUGUUCUGAAAUCAAUCUUUGAAUACUCAUUCAUCAUCACUCAGCAUUUCUAAUCUGGGUUUUCGAAUUCGAUUCGUUUUAAGAAUAUUCAUAUUUAUUUUAAAGUUUUUAAUAUGUUUUCCCCCCCCUAAGUCACGGCAUUGGAAAAAAGGAAAAACACAGCUGUGUUCCUUGCUUCAUGCCCGAGAUUAAGCACUAAUUAUUUAUUUCUUUUUUCAUUUUCGAAUCAAUGCACUACUAUAAAAUUACCUACUACUUUUUUGAACAGUAUCUGAAUUUAAACAUCAUCCAACCAAACUUCAAAACUCUCCUCUAUUAAAAUCCCAUUCUCUACUUUUUCUUAUUCCCAACCACGUGAUUUUUGAUUCGAUUAUUAUUAUUGUUGUGAGAUUGCAUUAUCUCUGGAGACGAGGAGGCGUUAGCUGUAAUACAUUGUUUACUUGCUUUGCCUAUUAAAAGCCGUCACAUAAAGUAAAAAGCAAAAUCACAUAAUAUAGACACCACAUUUUUGCGUCUGUUGGGAACAGAUCUUGAUCUUGAUUACAGAUUCAAGUCAUCCAAGAUCGUCUCCUAGGGUGAUGUGGAGUGGUUGAGGUUUUGUUUCUUCAGCUUUGUGUCUGAUCCAAAGUGAGAAGCUUUGGUUUGUUUUGGAGUCUUGUCUUAAUCUGGUUGAGAUUAUGGGAAUGAGUCUCGAAUUCGAUGUUGAUCUCGAGAAAGGGAUGGUUGAUUGCGACAAUGUUUAUACAAAAUCACCGGAGAAGCCCAUGUCUCCGGAUAACAAACCGGUUAAAACCGGAGAAGAAUCUGUCGUCGGUUCGUUAGAGAAUGAUGCAAGUCCGGUUCAAUGUGGGAUCAGUAAACCGGGAUGGGGGAGGAGUGAUCGCAAGGAGAAACGCAAGAAAUCCGCGUCGAAGCCCCCGCGACCGCCGCGUGGACCGUCUCUUGACGCAGCGGAUCAGAAACUUAUCAGAGAGAUCGCUGAAUUGGCGAUGCUGAAACGCGCUAGGAUCGAACGCAUGAGAGCGUUGAAGAAAUCGAGAGCGGCCAAAGCUGCGUCUGCGGCUUCUUCUCUCGGCAAUGUAUUGGCCACUCUUUUCACCGCUAUUUUCUUCUUCGUACUCGUUUUCCAAGGAUUGUCACCGAGAGCAGCCGGGAAACCUCACUUAGUAGACGCCGGAAAAGCCAACGGUGGGUUUGUUUCGGUUCAAUAUGCGGGAAAUCCAUCGGCGAGUGAACCGGAUGGAGGUUAUACCGGACCGGCUUUAGCACACAGAUAUCCUCGCAGUUUACUAAAACCGGUUUCCGGUUUGGAGAAUGAAAAGAAGAGUUCACAGUGAACCGCAACAAAAAAGGUUUUAGGAUUGGAAAGUCCCAUUUACUGGUUUGAUCAAACCAUUUAUCGGUUUAGAUUGUCGGUGAACCAUGUACUCAUAUAUCAUACCGAUAAUUUUUUGGGGGAAAAAAAUUGAAUCGGCUGCUUUCUCAGCGGCUGUGAAAUGAUUAAUUAUCCGAUGUGGGUAAAGAUUAGUUUUGUGUCGUUUUCUUGAAUAAACUGAGAGAGAAUCAUAAGGUUUACUGAUAAUAAUAAUAAAAAUCAGGUUAUGUUAUUCA